CCGGAACACGACAUGAUAUCCUUUGAUGGACGGUGUGCUGUCGAUUCUGGUCUAUCAGCUGAUUAUCCGUUGGGCUGGCGCUGAUUAUUUCUUUGUUGCCAUUGGGAAUCUCUCCAGAUAGAUAAACCACAUCGGUACCAACAUAAUGGGCGGGGCACGGUCACAAAGCGUACCCUCCGAGUUGGAUUCUCCCAAGAUGACUUCCGCGGGGCCUGCACAUCAUAACGAAGACGAAGACUACAGAAAGGAACGAGAUGAUAGCGACGCAGGGUCAAAAGAAUCAUCGGAUGACAAACACGGUGGGACUUCUGCAAUGCUCCCAGAUGCAGCCAUGGGGCCAGAUGGAACCCCGGAUAUAAGUACUCCCUCAGAUACUCAGGAAGAACUGCUACCUCGAGACGUCCAGAAAAAGACGGCGUAUUAUGACUAUGCCGCUGAGAAGCAGUUGAGUCAAGAAGACGCCAAGCUCUUCUAUCAGCGAAGCAAAUUGGAGGCUCAGAAGACGGGUGGGAGCAAUUGGGGAACAACUACACAGACCUCGCCACUUGGAAGCCCGGUCAUACCCCCACGGAAUCUUUCAAAUGUUGUCGACUCGGAGAGCACUGGGAUGAGAAGAACCGGAAGCAUGGCCUCAUUGCACAGUGGGCGUAAUGCGAUACCAGGUUACGGGCGAUAUAAGGCUGCUGCACCUGUUGGCUUGGCUGACAUGGGAAAGUCCCCCGAGAGCAACAUUAUACAAGAGCCAAACGCCGGAACAGUUCUUCCAGACAACCAUGGCAUAUCCCAUCAUCGAAGAGAAUCUCUCCUUCGUGCAGACCAAGCCGCUAGAGAUCAUGCUAUUCACCCUGACCUUCCGCAUGAGCACAAGCCGCUACUUGCAAUGGAAGGGCUACAUGGAGCAGGUGCUGGCGUUGGUAUUGGGCCUGGGGGUUUUGUGGACAGUGACGCCCAUGUCACAUCCGAGCUGAGCACCAUCUACACAAACAUCCAAAGGGUCUUGGAUAUAAGGCACAAAUAUAUAAGGUUAUCCUUGCAGGGGGAGGGUGAUAACCCGAAGGACGAUCCAAAUUGGAACAUCUACCCUCCACCCCCCGAGCCGGCCUGGUACGAAGAGGGAGAUCGAACCAAUCUAGCAACAAAUGGUAUGAACAGCCAAAGCAAUAGCCUGGCAAAUAGUAUGGUUCUGCCACAAGAAAAGCCACACAUGCAAGGUACCAAUCAGCCCAGAAAUGUCAGCUCUUCCUCAAGCCAAGCAGCGCAAACUCCCAAGGCAUCUCGUCCUAAGCGGAAACCAGGUCAGGAUAUUGGGGAGGACUUUUAUAUGGAGGAUCUCUUGCCAGUUCCAGGACCCGGGGAAAUGACUUUCCGUCUCGACGCGAACGGUGUUUACCAAGUAUACGAAAACUCCAAAGCGGAGGAACUUGAUACGCCUGUCAUCAAUGUACCUACCAUCCGAGAGUUCUAUAUGGAUUUGGAGGCAAUCCUAGAUGUUUCUUCGGACGGGCCAAGCAAGAGUUUUGCCUUUCGUCGAUUGCAGUAUCUCGAAGGCAAGUUCAAUCUCUACGUUCUUCUGAAUGAGUAUCAGGAGAUGGCGGACAGCAAACGUGUACCACACAGAGAUUUUUACAAUGUCAGGAAGGUGGACACUCACGUUCAUCAUUCGGCGUGCAUGAAUCAAAAGCACCUGUUGCGAUUCAUCAAGAGCAAAAUGAAGAAGUGCCCAGACGAGCUAGUGAUGUUCAGAGAUGGCAAGGAACUUACUUUGGAGCAAGUCUUCCAGAGUAUCAACCUGACCGCGUAUGAUCUCAGUAUCGACACACUGGAUAUGCAUGCCCAUACCGACUCCUUUCAUCGAUUCGACAAGUUCAAUCUUAAAUACAAUCCAAUUGGAGAAUCCAGGCUGAGAACCAUUUUCCUCAAGACGGAUAACUACCUCAAAGGCAGGUACCUGGCCGAGAUCACGAAAGAGGUCAUCUCUGAUCUGGAAUCGAGCAAAUACCAGAUGGUUGAGUGGCGAAUUUCCAUUUACGGCAGAGCCAUUGACGAGUGGGACAAACUUGCAGCCUGGGUUGUCGACAACAAGUUGUUCUCUCACAACGUCCGCUGGCUUAUUCAAGUCCCUCGUUUGUUUGAUGUCUACAAAUCUAGUGGAUUGAUGGACAAUUUCGAGCAAGUCAUUGUGAAUCUCUUCCAACCACUCUUCGAGGUUACCAAGGACCCGUCGAGCCACCCAAAGCUCCAUAUAUUUCUCCAGAGGGUUAUUGGGUUUGAUAGUGUUGAUGAUGAGAGCAAGACUGAACGCCGGCUGUAUAGAAAAUUUCCGGUACCAAAUGUAUGGGAUUCGAAGCAAAAUCCUCCAUACAGUUACUGGAUCUACUAUUUGUUUUCCAAUAUGGCUUCGUUGAAUGUCUGGCGAAAGCAACGCGGCUUCAAUACAUUCGUACUACGUCCACAUUGUGGUGAAGCUGGUGAUACCGAUCAUUUGGCAGCAGCUGUACUCUGCUGCCAUAGCAUCAGUCACGGUCUCUUGCUAAGAAAGGUCCCACUGCUUCAAUACAUAUUCUACUUGGAGCAGAUUGGAGUCGCCAUGUCCCCUCUUAGCAACAAUGCACUCUUUUUGGCUUAUGAGAGAAAUCCUUUCUUGCAAUACUUUAAGAGGGGUCUCAAUGUUUCGUUGUCUACGGAUGAUCCUCUUCAGUUUGCUUUCACGAAAGAGCCACUUAUCGAAGAGUAUUCGGUAGCAGCGCAAAUAUACAAGCUUAGCGCUGUUGAUAUGUGUGAAUUGGCAAAGAAUUCGGUCAAGCAAAGCGGCUUUGAAUAUGCUCUCAAGCAAAGAUGGCUAGGUCCGAAUUUCCAUCUACCCGGGGUUAGAGGCAAUACUAUGGCCAAGAGCAAUGUUCCCAACAUUCGAGAAGGCUUCAGGCACGAGACGCUACUACAGGAGCUAGCAAUGAUUGAGCGCUACACGUCCGCAGCUCCAGGGAUCCCAACUGCGGCCAAACCUGAGCAGACUGCCUCUGCUUUGGAGACACACGCAGCUUCUCCAACUUCUUCCUUGAGAACGAAUAUAUCGUCCAGCGUUGUCCAUGGUGACAGUCAUCCAUAUCAGCAAUUCCCCGCUCAGGCGGCGCGCCUCCGUGCGUCUCACUCUCAAGCCCAGCUCAACGCUCAAGACUCUCAAGCAACUAGCAGCCCCCUCCAACGGCCUGUCUCCCGAGACCCCACAGGCGAAAAUUCCGGCGUGACAUCUGCCCCCUUGGCGGUGACGAAAGAGAGUAGCUGGCCCGCCGAGCACUUCGCCGAUCGCCACAUAUCUGCAACCGAGCCUCGAAUCUUCCCAGGCAUCGUUAGUAGGAAUCACAGGCGGCAGAGCUCGGUCCGUAAGAGUAGUAUGAGCGAGACGGAUGAUCAUGCGAGUGCAUCCGCGAGCCGAAAAAAUGGGAAGAGUCCGGGCAAGAAUAAUCUAGAUAGUGCGGUAGAGGAACAGGAGAAUGACACGGAUGUCGAGGAGGCGGGUAGCUUGGAUGGAUAAAACUUCUUGUGGCAGAAGAGCGUAUCGGGCGUUCAGUAAUUGCGGAUAAUCAUGGAAGGUUUUUACGAGGGAGGAGUUACGUGAGGGUACGGGCCAACUAGACCUUGAGGACUAAAUGCCCAGGUCUUAAUACGGAUGAUAACAUACAGGACGACGUGCCUAUUAAUUCGCUUGUGCUGUAGCAGCAAGAUAACUUCAUACGUGUAAUAGUAUCAUUUGGAUCUGCGUCAGCUCGGAUUUGCUAUAGUAACAAAACCCCCUUUCC